UUAAUUAUUCACGUGACUAUCCGGUUGGGGAAUUCCGACCGAUACACACCUGUUUAUAAACAUUGCAAAAUAUUGGAUUUACUACAAAUAUAUAAGCAAACACUGAUUCUGUUUUAAGAUCAUUGAAAACGCAAAUAUGAAAUGAACAGUUUACUGUGUACUGUUUUCACGUAGUAAUAUUGUGUUUAACGAUUUAAACUACACAACAUUUAUUUAGUCUCCAACUGUAUUUUUAGUUGACCUACUUUCAACAAUCGGCAAGCAAGGUCAUAAACCAUGCAGAACAAGCACGCCGCUGGUAAAUUAAAGUUUCAUGUCGAUCUAUGCGAACAAGCUUUGUGCCAAAUAGAAUUCCUGAGAGCGGUUGACCUUAUUCAGGAUUUGAAGAAACAGUCUGUAUUGAGACGUGCAGUCUACCGAUAUGAAAAAUACUGGCUUCCACUGGCCAUAAAAUACCCCAAUAGGUGCUUAGCUGCACCUCUGGAUAUUGAAUGGGCAUGGCAUUGUCAUAUGUUAUGCCCCAAAUCCUAUGAAAUAGAUUGCCAAACUAUUGUUGGUGGGACUGUUGAUCACACGCUACGUCGGAUGAACAAGUUUCAAGAAGAGCAGAAAGCGUCACAGAAACUUUGGUCGGAAAUGUAUGCAGGGGACCACGAACCAUUCACAGUUGAUCACAGUGUACCAUACAAUGUUGAUGCCGUUGAUAACUUUAAGUCAAAGAUAACAUACGACAUUGUGGCCGCUGCCCAACGACAGAUGGUGUUUUACUAUCAGGUAUCGUUACCACACUACCGAGAUAAAAAGUAUUUGCAGAAUUGCCUGCAGAGAUAUAAACAGUUCUUGUAUUUGAAAACACAACUGCCGAAAGCUUUCAUGGUACCAUGUUACGACAUAGAUUUGAUGUGGCACACACACCAGCUGAGUCCAUUAGUCUACAAAAAAGAUAUGGUUAAGAUCAUUGGCCACUUGUUUAAUCAUGACGAUUCGGUAAACGAUCGUAGUGAGGGAUCAAAACUAAGUGAAGCAGACAAACACACACGUGACAGCUGGAAAAACUUUUACAAUGAAACUUAUUCUCUGUUUGGAGCAAUGUAUCGUGGAACGCCUCCGGCGGGAUUUCUGUAUAGAGUUAGUCCGAACGAGUCGUACACUUUUUGUACCAAGAGCACUAUUAUCACAUUUGAAAAUUUAACUUUGAACCUUCCCUCAACGGAUCCAGAUAAAUACAAGAAACUUCAAUUAACCGUGUCGAGCGCCGCUGGACCGAAGGUUGUGCGAAAAUGGGUAUCAUUAAAACGACCGGGUGAUGUACCAAGUGGCGCCAGAACGAUUACCUGGAAAAAUGUUGGUCGAAAUGAACUGGACACGAAGGAAACCAACAAUAUAAAUUUCUGGGUGCAAGAAAGAACAGGCUGGGCAUUUUGUGGGUCAAAGACAGAUGUUGGAUCGAACACGUUAAAUAUGCUGCCACAGAUUGAAUCGAUAGCGAAUGCGGCCAACGGUGGAAGAAUUAAUGCUCAGAUACCUCUAGGUAGCUCGAACAUAACUCUAGAUGUUCAGGGACAAUUUUCGGCACCUAAAAAGGGGAAGGCAUUGUUGUUCUUAGACAGUGGAAGAUAUGAAACUGCUGUAAUACCGGAGAAUGUGAAACAAUUAUGGGGUCCUGUGUCUCUUGAAAGACUUCCGAGAGGGACAGAUAACCGCUGCCAGGUGGCAUCUCACAGAUUGAAGAAUCAUCUAGGGAAUGUAGAGUUCACAGCAAGGACCAUACACAGUCAGCCUUUGAUGAUGUCGGUGAUACAGGUGUACUAUCACGAUAAAAUGUCGGUUAUUGGGCAUUUAAUAGCUUCAGACCAUCUUCCUCUUCCAUCACAAGUUCAGCAUGAUGUUGUUACUCUAAAUCCUGUACUGGGAGAAAGAGCCGUUCUUUUGAAAAACAAUGAUGGUGACUGGGGUAUUCUGACCGGAAGAUGGAAGGGUUUUAAACGAGGUGUUGCUGGGACUAGACAAAAAAGAGGAGUUGCUGGGAGUCCGGGGACUCUAUUUUUGAAGUUUUACAAAUUUUCAACUGGCAGAAUAACCACGAUUGAGCUGGGAUAUCUUAGGAAAGAGUAUGUUUUCAAUUUAGAAUCUGCUUCGAUUGACCUUAUGAAAGGUAUACUGAAUAUCGACUCCUCAAGUAAUGAAGUUGCGGAAAACAUUGCCCUAGCAUUUUCGGUAUCUUUGCUUCACGUGCUGUGCGUUCCAAGGCCAAAAGGAUGGAGAGAAGGCCAACAAGUUAAACCCACCACUUCAACUCGUGGAACAAGACCAAUAACUACCAUUCCGUCGGACGACAUGGCAUUUAUCAUGGCCGCAGGCUUGCUUUGGAGUACCCCGUCGAAUUAUUACAUGCAUUCAUACUACGGAGCACAUAUAUGUGCUAUGUGUGGAGGCGGUGGUGGUGGUGUGAUGGAGUUUUCUGGUGCAGACUAUGGAAUUGACGGUGACACAGGUGUAGAUGCUGGCUGUGACGGUGCUGCUUGCGGUGGUGGCGGGGAUGGGGGAGGGGGUGAUGGCGGCGGAUGCGGGGGUUGUGGUGGUUGCGGAGGCUGUGGUGGGGGUGGUGGAUGUGGCGGAGGUGGAGGAUGUGGUGGGGGAGGGUGCGGUGGUGGAUGUGGGGGUGGAUGCGGAGGUGGGUGUGGUGGUUAAAGUUAUUAGCAUAAAUACCUCCAUGACAAAAUGUUUUAUUUUUGUUAUCAGCUAUAUUUGUUUCCGUAUCUUUGACUUAUCUUGUCACUUUUCAGGAUAAUGUCUGUUUAUACGUAAGGUUGUUUGACCAUCAGAUAUUGUAUAUGUUUUAAUAUAUAAGACGGCCUAUACAAAAUGCAUCACAUAAGAAAAGCUGUAAUCAUUCUCAAAUUUACAUUUUUGUAUAAUUGAUGGAAUUAAUUGUAUACAUAUAAACUGUAUAACUAUUUAUAACAAAAAAACUUUGAACAAAUAAUUGCGAAACAAAUACAAGAACAACACACAGUUCUGCAGAAUAGAUUGAUUCAUAGAUAAUGUAGAUUUUUCGGUUUUGGUUUUGAUAAAGUCAUAAAAGUUUUUGAUAAUUUAUAUGGCCUAGAAUAAACAGUAAUGAAUUUACAUAACAGCAAUCGGUAGAUGGGUUUUAUGGCAAAUUACUGUUUAUAAAUACGGCAAUAUAACUUGUCAAAAAAAAUUGUGAUAAAAUUAUAUUACUGCACCAUUGCUUUCUUUGAUUAAAAAAUAGAUAAUUAUAGCCUCUUUUAUACAUUGUAUAAUUGUCACAUUGAUCAAUGGGUUUUGUAUAAAUGUUAAACUGUCAAAAUUAUUUUGUAUAAAAUUAAAGUAAUGUUGUCCCUGGAUUUUGUGUUAAUGUCACAAUGUCCCGUUUUGUAUAAAUUUCAUGUUAUCUUAUGAAUUUUGUGCAAAUGUAGCGGGGUCAAAAUAAGUUUGUGUAAAUGUAACGUUAUCCAUUAAAUUUUGUAUAAACUUCACAUUGUUCAUUUAAUUUUUUAUAAAAUUAAUGUCACAUAGAUUGUCUACUGAAAAUUGAUGUUGCGAACAUGCAGUUUUAUUUGUAUGCAAUUAAAUAUAUGAUUACAGUUUGGCUUAUAUGUAUAUGUAUAUAAUAGUUUCAUGACAUAUAUUUUAUUUCCAAAUUGUAUACUUUUUCUGAAGAAAUUUUUUUAUUGAAAGUGCACUUGCCAGUAACUCAAAAUAUUGUUGGCAGAUAUUUUUGGGAAGGAGAUAGUUUUCCCAGACCACAUAAAUGUAUUUGUGAUUGACACAGGACACUUACAUACAAUAUCUAGGAGUUCCAUGUAUAAUCUACCCGUUGUGUCACUCUGUUUUAGAGACCAAUAUUUUUAUUGUUGCUUAGAGGUGUUGCUCUAUCGAUGUUAAGAUUAUUGUGAACUGUUCUGGGAUGAAUUGAUACUGACGUUAUAAAGAGGUUAUGGCUGUACAUAGGGCAGCAGCCCUGAUGAGAUUGCACUGUAAUUUUAAUCAAAAGUUUGUAUUUUUGUAGUGUGUCAUCAUUUAAUGUAUUUAGAAUCUCAGGAUGUUGAAUUAUCUUUGGUUAUGUUUUUGUAUUUUUUGUAUGCAUUUUUAUAGUUUUUAUUCAAUGUUUCUAAAUAAAAAACGCCUCUUUAGUUUGGCAUGCAAAACAUUGAAAUUACAUCUAUUAAAGAACUUAAUAUUGGUUUUAAAUUCAUAUAAAUGUUGAUUACAUAAACUCGAGGUUUGAUUUAGUUUAAGAUUUGAUUUAAAUUGUUUUGUUUUUGAUGUUACUGUUACAUGGGUACAUUGAUACAGGGUUUGAUUUAGAUGUAAUUGUUGGGCAUCAAUUUUGAUAUAUUUAUUUAAGGUUAGUGUUAUAUGGAUACAGGAACACUAAAUAAAAAAACUGUAAAUUUAAGGUUUGUUUUUUAUGUUAUAUUUAUUUUAAGGUUUGAUGGAUUUGCUACUGUUAUAUGGCUACGGUGACUCAAUUUUUAAUUUAAAAGUAACUGUUAUAUGGAUGCAUUGAUACAAAACACUGUUUCUUGUUCUGGUUUGUUAUCUUUUUGAAAAAGCAAAUAUGGAUCUGAAUUUAAAGUGAAAUCGUUUUAGGAAUUUCCUUUUUUAUCAGA